UUUGGUUUGAGUUACAAAUUGAUAUGGACAACAAUAUAAGUGUAGACGCAGUGGGUAUCUCACCGAGGCACCAAGAAGACCAAACAAAUUCACACCCACAAACGUUUCAAGACAGGGAUUCUUUUCCUAUAAAAGAUCAACAGGAGCAAAAUAACUAUCUACCACCAGAUACCAGAAAUAUUACUUAUUCUCCUGAACAACACGGGUAUUACCAGCCUCAGUCAAAAAAUGAUUCAGAGGCUAUAAAUAUUACACAAGUAAGACAUGAGGAAGAAGUAAAAGAUUUGGUUGAUGUAGACAUCGCGCAUGCAAAGAAAGAAACGGAAAUCAAAACACCUCAAUCCGAUCUAAGUAUGCCUGAAACACAAGAAACACAACUUCCUGGAGUAGGCAAUUAUGAUAACCAAAACAGGCAAGUACACACGGGUAAUCAACAUAAAGAACUCUGUCUUCCGCCGUCUCCACCGCUUGAUUGGCGUUUGAAUGAACUUCUUGACUACAUUGCUACAAAUGUUGACGAUACAGAAUUAAAAAGAAUAAAACUGAUGUUCACAGGACCAAACGGAAUAGGUAAAGGAGUUCUUGAGAAAUGUGACUCGUGUCUUCAAUUGUUCAUAGUCUUGAAGCAACGAGGGUAUAUAUCGAGAGAUAAUAUUUUGUAUAUGAAUAAAAUUCUUUACGUUUUGGAACGUCGAGACUUACAUCAGAAAACAGUUGAGUAUUGUGUGAACGAAGGCGAUGUGAUACAUUAUUAUUCUGUUGACAGACUACUUGAUGUCGGGGAAAAACAGAUAAAGAUCCACGUCAAAGCUGAUGUUCAAAAUUACAACAAGGAACAACUUGAUCGGUUACGUAACGUUGUAGCUAGUAUUGCUUGUAUUCCCGCUGAAGAAAUAUUGAUAUCUGCUGUUGCGCCAGGGUCAAGCUUACUCAUCACAUUCACGAUGCCUGAAAUGUACGUCGACAUACUACAAAGCUUGUUUGAGAAGAAAGUGAAUCUUAGAAGAUUUACAGCCAUAGAUGUUGACAUCAUUAUAAUAGAUGGCAAACAAUACGAUGUGACAGGACAAGAAGCUGUCAUAGAUGUAAGUGAGCAAUGUAAGGAACUCAUGAACGUAUAUAAACAACUUGAAAAAACAAGAAAUGAUCUUGAAGAGAUGGAGAUUACAAACUUGAAUUGCAAAAAAGAACUUGAAGAGGUAACUGAUCGACUUAAAAAGGCCGAAUCGACUAGGAACUCAGUAGUAACCCUUGAAAGUAGGAAUUCAGAACUUGUGACAUUAUGUUCGAUGUUGCAAUCAAUGCAUUUUACGUAUGGUGUAACAGAAUCGUCUAUUGAAAAAUUAAGGCUAUUGAUGACAGAAGCAACUAAUAAAGAUCAGGACAAAGAACUCAUACAAAGAAUUAUCAGAGCAAAUACAGAAAUUGUGGCGGCAUGUCAUCGCAAUCGGAACGAGUUAGAACAAAAGGAGAGGAGUAUAAAAGAUGAAAAGAAGAAAUUUAUUGAAUUUGAACUGAAACGUGAUUUAGCCACUGGUAUUAGGACUGCGAAAGAGGUACUGGUUGAACACUUCAAUGUGUUUCUGAGAGGUUUCGAUUUAGGAAUGAAAAUGGAAUUAGUUGAAGCUAUGUAUAAGACGUCGGAAAAAAUCUCAAGCGAACAGAAAGCUAAACUUAGAGUCGUGUAUGAAUUGUCAAAAGAUGACGUGAUAAAUGCCUGCAUAGACGCUGACGAAGGGUUGAUUUUGCUUGGUAUAGAAUGCAAGGAAUCAAUAGCGGAAAAUAAACCGAACACUUCUGAUGACAUACUUGCUCGAUGUGGACAAACGAUUGGUUUAGAUCUUCUAAGUUUGUACAAUACAUUUGUACAAGAGGUUAAAGAAGAAAAGAAACAACAAGAAAAAAUACAGAUUCACAAGCAGCUUAUUCGGCAUCUUGAGCAUAAAUCGAAGACACCUCAAGAGAUAGUCAUCAUGUUCGCAGAAACUCUUACAUUCAAACAAGGUGCAUUUCAGCAGACCAAGAUUGAUCCCAGUUCAAUAGCUAAUAUUGUACAAAAAUUCAAAGGGCUGUAUAUGUUACUGACUGAAAGUGAGCGUGAGGAGCUUUCAAGUAUGCUUGUCUCAGAGGAUGUCGAUGCAAUUAGUAAAAGUAUUGAGUUAGACAAGUCUCUUCUGAUUUCUGGAUUGAUGUUCCAAAAAAUGGAAAGUUUGGAGAAGUUUAUAAAUCCAGAAAAGUUCGUGAUUGAAAUACAAGAACGGCUAAAAAGAAAAGAUCUGUUGCGGUUAUGUCAAGAAUUGAAGGAAGACGAAGACGAACAGCUUAAGCAGAUUAAGAAUUAUGAAGAGAAAAGGUUAAAAGAGACCAUAUUGCUUCAAGACCUCAAGUCAAAUAGAAAUACAGCUGAGGAUGUUCUUCUACAAAAAUUGACCUAUUUUACAUUCAAACUAGUUGAAAGUGCUGAUAUCAAUGCUGGCUCAUUCUUUCCCAAAUUGACAAAACUGUUGCGUGACAUAAGUUCACAGUUCACCGAGGCCGAAUGCAGUCGUCUUGUUCGAAAAAUGCAAUGGGGUGAUAAUGAUGUGAUAAGAGAAUGUAUUCGAGCAAACAGGAGUCUCCUCAUACAAGGUCUAUGGCAAAAAGAGAUAGAAAAUCUACAAGGAGUACCGAAUAUAGAUACAUUUAUUUCAACCAUUUGCAAGGAAGUUGGAAGAAUCGAUAUUUACAAUCAAUUCGAGGAAAGCGGACUUUUUUUACUUAUCGAUGAUAAAUUUGUUAAUCACGUCUUUGAAAAGGCCGUUGGAUAUUUCGGGAGCCAACCUUAUGUAGGCAUACAUGAAAAGCAGCCAUUUGCAGAUGAAGCGGGAGCAACAUGCGCAUCCGGUAACAAAAGUUCUCUUGGAUCUACAUCCUUAGGAACAUCUUACUAAGUGUUUUAAUACAAAUGUAAAGUGAAGUUAGAAAUAAAUAUGUAACAUAUAUGACUCAUAUUACAAUGUAACAAUGAAUUAAAAAAAACACGUUUUUGGAACUCAAAAUAUAUUUAACAAAAUUCUAAUUGGGAAAAUGGUUUGCACUUAAUUUACUAGACACGUAUUUAUAAUCAUAUAUUUGACAUAAGGUUUUGAUUUGCAGAUAAAACUUAACUGUUCAACUAAAUUGCGAUACCUUGCUGAAUUAUUAUGACGAGUGAAUAGAUUUUGUACUUACUUAUAAAUAAUAAGGAAUAGUUACGGCAUCUCAUUGAAACAGUCAUUGUCUAUGUACCGAGUCUGAAAGAUUGAUCUAAAAAUAUGAAUAAUUUGUUUUAAGUGAAAUAAUGAAAAUAUUUUUUUAAAUGCUUUAAUUACAAUGUUUGUAUCACUGAAGGGAAAUGGUAUCUAAAAAAAUUAUUUUGAGUGGUAAUCUAAAUGCUACAUUUUGGCAAUAAAUGUUGUAGAAACAUUAAGAUUAAAGAUUAGCACAGAAAGAGAUAUCGUCCUGUAUUAAAAUGUUGGUUUGACUUCCAGGUUUUUAAUAAUGCAAAUGUCUCUGAAUAUUUAAGUUUCGAACUUUUAAGGACUUCUGAUUCAUAGAAGCUGGGAAGCUAUUAAUUAAAUAGUUCCAUGAUUUUAUAUUUAUUAUUUACUGUAGCAUGCUUUAGAUUUGUAUGAGUUAUGCCCUCCUUCAUGUUAAUAUGAAUUGUUGGAAUAUUGACCUUUUAUUCGUUGCUUCAUAGCCUUAUCAAAUUUAAAAUUUUAUGUAAAAGAAAGUUUAUUUACAUGUACCAUACUUGAAAUAUGUGUUGGUUAGUUAUUGCAAAUGUCUCCUACCACUUGGAGCGUGAAUGUUUUGGUGAGGCAUCGAAAUUUGAUUGAAGACCCAACGUGUAAGGCAGCAAGUUUGCAUUCUUUAUUUUCUAAUACGCUUGCUCAGACGAAAAUAAAUAAUUAAUUGAUUCUCAUUAAAUUGGCCAAUAUCGAAACGUACAGAAAUAAAUUGAAACAAAAAUCAUGUAAUGAACGUUGCCUUUCAUUACUCCAUAACUCUGAAUGAAGGCAUUUUCUUUUAAAUAUAACAGAAAAGAUAGCUCCAUCAAAAUGAGCUUUUGGUUUUUGAAAGUUUACUUGAUAAAUAUAUCAGUUUACUCAGUCAAAUUGUAGGAAUGGGUGGAUUCGAGUGGAAAAUGAAAAACAAGUGAACGAAGCAAUGCAAUAACAUUGUGUAAGUUGAAACGCCUUCCUUUUCUUUAUGUAGAAAUCUGAUACGCUUAGUUUGAUGCAAGAAACUACCGUGCUUUUAUCACAUUUUAAACACAAAAUUAGUGCUGUUUCAAUAUUUGCGGUGCUAUCUUAGUCUUACAAAAGAAUGUAUUAUUGUGAAUACAUGCAUUAUUCGGGUGUUUUUGUUUUUCAUUAAAAAACAAAAAUAGCAGGUAUGCAUGCAUGUGACUACACAGUUUAGCACCAAGGGAGAAACAGUAUUUGAACAUUGAAUCUCUAUUUAGGCUAUUUAACUCCCUUAGACCAUUGAUACUUGACGCACGUGUAGAAUGAAAAUAGCUGUAUUAUAUAUGUAUAUAUAUAUAUUUACUAUAAUUUGUAUAAAUUAUUCUGCUAUAACAUGCGUACGACAUAACUAGCAAAUCAAAAAGAUACAGAUGUGAAAUAUAUUUGAUUUUAUUUGUUUAUAUUUAGGCUUUCUCUUUAAUGGGAUAUUUCACACAAUUACACAAGCCAUUUGCUUUUAAUAAAACAAAUUGUUGUCAUUAUAAAACCACUGAUAAAAUUUUUGAAUACAGUAAGAUAUAGUUACAAAAAAUACAAAUUCCAUUAAGUUUGAAUAAAUUAAUGUAUAAAUCAUAAAAUGCAAGAGACUGCUGAUUUCACUCAUUAAAUGAUAAUGAGAAACUGUUCUAUAUUAUAAUUCCAUUAACUACUCUUAUUAUUUCGUUUUGGAAAAGAGCAGUACAAAUGAAAAUAAUCACUUUAUAAAUUCACUCACAUGUCUUAAAACGUGUCUUGUGAAACAUGUAUAAAACAUAAAAUGUUAGAAACCUCUGAUUUCACUCAUUAAAUGAUAAUGAGAAACUGUUAUAUAUUGUAAUUCCAUUUACUACUCUUAUAAUUUCGUUUUGGAAAAGAGCAGUACAAAUGAAAAUAAUCACUUUAUAAAUUCACUCACAUGUCUUAAAAUGUGUCUUGUGAAACAUGUCUAAAACAUAAAAUGUUAGAGACUGCUGAUUUCACUCAUUAAAUGAUAAUGAGAAACUGUAAUAUAUUAUAAUUCCAUUUACUACUCUUAUAAUUUCGUUUUGGAAAAGAGCAGUACAAAUGGAAAUAAUCACUUUAUAAAUUCACUCACAUGUCUUAAAAUGUGUCUUGUGAAACAUGUAUAAAACAUAAAAUGUUAGAGACUGCUGAUUUCACUCAUUAAAUGAUAAUGAGAAACUGUUAUAUAUUAUAACUCCAUAAACUACUCUUAUAAUUUCGUUUUGGAAAAGAGCAGUACAAAUGGUAAUAGUCACUUAACCCUUCCCCCAUGAGCAUAUUGUGAAAAAUGGCCAUUUUCACUGAAAAGCCCCAUUUUUAUAUAUUAUAAUUCCAUUACUUACUCUUAUCAUUUUGUUUUGUAUAUA